AUGGACUUUUCAUACUGCCUUACAAGGAAUGUGUAUUUACCAGUGUCCAUAAAGAUCUCUUCUUUAGAAGGAAGGCGUGAAACAUCUAAUGCAGAUUUCCCAAUAAAACAUUCUGAUUACUAUGUCACAGUCCAGCUGUACGGUGAUAAUAAACCUCUAACAGUUCCUGUUCAAACAAGUUACAAGUCGUUUAAGAACCACUGGAGUUGGAAUGAAUGGUUGACAUUACCCAUAAAAUACUGUGAUUUACCUGCAUCAGCACAAUAUGCCAUUACUGUAUGGGAUACAGUCGGGCCACGUAAAGCAGUUCCAGUGGGUGGAACAACCUUAAGGCUGUUUGGAAAACAUUUGACACUUCGAAAGGGGAAGCAUAAACUACACAUCUGGCCAGGUCGUGAGGCAGACGGACAAUCCAAAACAACUACACCAAGUAAAGUGAAGACAGAUAAUGAUAUGGAUAAAUUGGAAAAGCUUGUUAAACGAUACGAUUGUGGUGAUAUCAGACCUGUAGAAUGGCUUGACAACAUGGCAUUCAGACAGAUUGAAAAAAUACAUAAGAAUGCGUCUUUACAGUCUACAGGACAAGCACUGUAUAUUGAGUUACCAAAAUUUGACUUUACAGUCGUAUUUGGUGAGAUAGAAUAUACUCUUCCUGAUCCAACUGCGCCUCUUCUUGGGCAGCAACCUCCUCAGAUAGCAAAUACGGUCACUGCAAAUGCUGCCAACCAAGCCAAUUAUACCGAUAUCGGAGAUGAUGGGCGCAAUAUUAAUGCUCAUCCAACUGAAACAGUAGCCCUUUAUUCACUUAUUCUUGAUCCUGAUAUUGUGCGUGAUAAUCCAGUUGAAGCUAAGCACAGAAGAUUGGUCCGUAGUCAUCGAAAUGGACCCUUGGAUCGCGACCUCAAACCAAACCCAAAGAUCAGAGACGACCUCAAUAGUAUUAUGUCCUAUCCACCCACUCAAAUGUUAACGGCAGAAGAGAAGGAUUUGGUUUGGAAAUUCCGCUUCUAUCUGACAAGAGACAAGAGAGCUUUGACAAAGUUUCUCAAAUGCGUUGUGUGGACAGACUCAACUGAAGUUCGACAGGCAGUAGAUUUAUUGCCAUUGUGGGUAGACAUUGACGUAGACGAUGCUCUUGAGCUUCUUGGAAAAGAGUUUGAGAAUAGAGCUGUUCGUUCAUAUGCUGUAAACCAAUUGAGAAAAGCGGAUGACGAUGACCUGCUUUUGUAUCUUUUACAGCUUGUGCAGGCUCUCAAGUUUGAACACAUGAAUGACAAGACACCAAAUUCUUACGAAUCAUCUUUGGCCCAGUUCCUUAUUGAUCGCGCAACUCGUAACCAAACACUAGGCAACUACUUCCAUUGGUAUCUAAUGGUCGAGUGCGAGGACAAGGUUAUGGGAAAGAUGUAUGCCAAAGUAGCAUAUCAUUAUAUCAAGGCUAUUAUGGCUGUGACGAAUGGAUGUCAGCGGCGUGAUACAUUAUUACGCCAAGGAGAGCUUAUUCAAUCUCUCUCAAAAAUGUCCAAGGAUGUUAGAAGCAUGAAAGAUGUGAGAUCAAAAAAGGAAGAUAAAUUACGAGCAAUGAUUUUAGAUCCAAAAGGCCACUUUGGAUCGUUCCCGCCAUGUCCACUACCUCUGGACCCAAGUAAAGAAGUGUGUGGUAUUGUGGCAGACAAGUCUAGAAUAUUCAAUAGUAAUCUCCAGCCUCUGCGUCUAACUUUUGCAUGCACUGACACGACUACGUAUCCUGUUAUCUUUAAGACCGGUGAUGAUCUUCGUCAGGAUCAAUUAGUAAUUCAGAUUAUCACACUGAUGGACAAACUGCUGAGGAAAGAAAACCUUGAUCUGAAAUUAACGCCUUACAAAGUACUCGCAACUGGGCCUGAGCAUGGCUUGAUGCAAUUUGUUCCUUCAAAAUCACUUGCGGCAGUACUCAAUGAACACCAAAACAAUAUCCAAAGUUUCCUCCGUGAACAUCAUCCUGAUCCAGGUCCAGAUGGAAUUUAUGGAAUUGAUGCUCAAGUGAUGGAGACAUACCUUCGUAGCUGUGCUGGCUACUGUGUGAUUACUUAUUUGCUUGGCGUUGGAGAUCGACAUUUGGACAAUCUGCUAUUAUCGCCUGAAGGCCAUCUAUUUCAUGUUGAUUUUGGCUUUAUAUUGGGUCGAGAUCCUAAACCAUUCCCACCUCCGAUGAAGCUUUGCAAAGAAAUGAUUGAGGCUAUGGGUGGAGCAAGCUCUCCUCACUACAAUAAGUUUAGACAGUUUUGCUAUACUGCUUUUACAACUCUCCGGCGUAACGCGAAUUUGAUCCUCAAUUUGUUCGCAUUGAUGGUGGAUGCCAAUAUUCCUGAUAUUAAGAUUGAGCCAGACAAGGCAGUUAUAAAGGUACAAGAGAAAUUUAGACUAGACCUUUCCGAGGAGGCGGCGAUUGCAUAUUUCCAGGGUCUCAUUUCAGAGAGUGUCAAUGCGUUGUUCCCUCAAAUAAUGGAGACAGUUCACAAAUGGGCCCAGUAUUGGAGGCGAUUUUUUUUCCUAUAUGAGUUUUGCGUGGGUUUGUGUAUGCAAGAUGUGAAUGUGUGGAGAACCAAUGGACUUAAUAUAGACAUCUCAUGUGAUGCGGGGAGAGCUUACACAACUUUAGACUCAAUUUAUAUUUUACAUAGAGCAGUCAAAUCUUCACAUGAAGAAGCGCGCAAGUACAAUAUGGUUCUGGUCACUAAAGUUACCAAGAUGCUUGGCAUCAGACAUCCCAUUAUCCAAGGUGGUAUGCAAUAUGUUGGCACUGCCGAGAUGGCUUCUGCCGUAUCAAACGCUGGUGCACUUGGCAUGAUCACUGCUCUUACACAGCCUACCCCACAAGCUCUCCGUGAAGAGAUCCGACGAUGCCGCACUAUGACUAAAAAUCCUUUCGGAGUCAAUCUCACAUUUUUGCCUGCUAUUGUUCCUCCCCCUUAUGAAGAAUACACACAGACCAUCAUCGAUGAAGGCAUUAAGGUUGUCGAGACAGCCGGUAACAACCCCGGGAAAUAUAUCAAGAUGUUCAAGGACGCCGGUGUUAUUGUGAUUCAUAAGUGCACUGCCAUUCGUCACGCAAAGUCGGCUCAGCGUUUGGGUGUAGAUAUUCUUUCUAUCGACGGUUUUGAGUGUGCUGGUCACCCUGGCGAGGACGAUAUUACUGCCCUGAUUCUGUUAGCAAAGUCUGCCUCUGUUCUCAACAUUCCUUAUGUUGCCUCUGGUGGAUUUGGCGAUGGCCGUGGUCUGGCUGCUGCUUUGGCACUGGGUGCUCAGGGUGUCAACAUGGGUACGCGUUUCAUGUGUACUCAGGAGGCCCCAAUUCAUAACAACAUCAAGGAAGCCAUUGUCAAGGCAGAUGAGCGCUCUACCACUCUUGUCUUCAGACCUUUCCGCAAUACCUCUCGUAUCUUCAAGAACUCGGUCGCUGUUGAGGUAAACUCUCGUGAGAGAAAACCCGACGUCCAAUUUGAGGAUGUACGUGAACUAGUUGCAGGUGCACGUGGUCGUCAGGUCUACACAACCGGAGACCCUGAGUUUGGUGUCUGGACAGCUGGACAGGUUGUUGGUAUCAUUAAUGAUAUUCCUACAUGCGAUGUACUCGUUAGCCGUAUGGUUGCCGAUGCUGAGAAGACCAUUAACAACCUUCACAGUCUCAUUGCUCCUCAAAGCAAGCUUUAG